CCCUGUUCACCUUCUACGGGUUCCUCGCAGCAUUCGCCUGGCUAAACGUCAUGAAUUUCGACGUCUGGCUCGAUGUCAGGCGAGCGAGGAGACCCACAGGCCUCAAAAGAAUCGAUCGGAAGACGUCUCCAUUCGGAACGGGGAAGAAGAAACUCUUAUUUUACCAUCUUUAUGCACACGGGAUCUCGUCGUGUAUCUUCAUGGUCGGAUGCCUCAUGGAAUUCGCCUAUGGAAUCUUUCCUGACAUCAUCCGACCGAAGCCGAAACCCAACGAACGAUGCUGGCUUGGCGAUCGUUAUGGGUCCAUCUUGUACUUCUAUGGGCCGACUUUCUUGCUUCUCUUCGUCAAUGUCGUCUUCUUCGUUCUCACUAGCAUUCGCUUGGUUAGUUACGGCGGAAUGAAGUCUCAUCUGAGUCGCAUCCAAAAACAAGAUGAAAAGUUUCGGCUGCAUAUGAAGUUGUCUGUGAUGAUGGGAUUGAGUUGGUUGACCGACGUCAUCGGAUUCCUGGUCUGGGGGUCGGAGGAGCAUUGGCUCCUCGCGGAUGCGAUCAGCUGUCUGCAGGGACCCUACGUCUUCGUCGUGGUCAUCUGGAGGAGGAGGAAACUCAAGUUGCUUGAGAGGAGGUUCGGUGAAUGGUUCUCUCGGUUGGGUCGGCUUCGUCUGGGGAAGGUUUUCUUUGGGGGUGGAGGAGCCAGAUGGGGUGGAGGAGCCAGAUGGGGUGGAGGAGCCGGAGGGGGUCGACAGCCGGUUACAUUGUUUACCAUUGGAACGGAUGAGUGGUCGUGCGCCAAGGUUCCUGAUGAAUUCGGGGUCUGCAAUGUCGGAUCGGCUCGGUUC